AUCGCCAAGUCUCGCGUUAGUUCGUGUGAACGCGGGUGCCCGAGAAAAAGCUUGCUAGCGCGAAUGUGCUCCCUGUGACCAACCGGUGUGUCUUUCAUUAUACACAACGGGAUAGCGUCCCAUUUAGUGAGGAAGUUUGGAAAAUCUUCAACGGCUUUUACACGGGAUCACGCGCGGCACCUAAUAACGGACGUUGUAUCUGAAUCGGUAAAGGAAAGUAGGUGAAAAUGUCCGAAAACGCAAACUGCGCGGAACAGCGGGAAGAGCAGCCCGAACUUGAAGAAGCCGGAGGAGCGGAGGAGAAAUCAGACUCAGAUGCUGGAAAAGAAUCCUCCUCAGAUGCUGGUCCUGAUGGACAAGAUGCAUCUUCCUCUACCUCGUCCAAAACUAAAGAUUCUGCUCCAGGCUAUGAGGAGAAAGUGCAAACAGACCGAACCAACAGAUUUGAGUACCUGUUGAAGCAAACAGAGUUGUUUGCUCAUUUCAUACAACCAGCUGCUCAGAAAACGCCCACCUCACCCCUGAAGAUGAAACCAGGGCGUCCUCGCAUCAAGAAGGAUGAGAAACAGAACCUAUUGUCUGCUGGAGACAACCGCCAUCGUCGCACAGAGCAAGAGGAAGAUGAAGAGCUUUUGAAUGAGAGCACCAAGACUACUAAUGUCUGCACUCGCUUUGAUGAUUCUCCCUCCUAUGUCAAGACAGGAAAGUUGAGGGACUAUCAGACUCGUGGUCUGAACUGGCUUAUCUCUUUGUAUGAGAAUGGAAUCAAUGGUAUCCUUGCUGAUGAAAUGGGUUUAGGUAAAACUCUUCAGACUAUUUCCUUGUUGGGGUAUAUGAAGCAUUACAGAAACAUCCCUGGUCCCCACAUGGUGCUGGUGCCCAAGUCCACGCUCUACAACUGGAUGAAUGAGUUUAAGCGAUGGGUGCCUUCUCUUCGAGCGGUCUGCCUAAUUGGAGACAGAGAUGAGAGGACUGCUCUGAUCAGAGAUGUGCUGUUGCCAGGAGAGUGGGACGUGUGCGUCACAUCCUACGAGAUGCUCAUUAUUGAAAAAGCUGUGUUCAAGAAGUUCAACUGGAGAUACCUGGUUAUUGAUGAGGCUCACAGGAUCAAGAAUGAGAAAUCAAAGCUUUCAGAAAUUGUUCGAGAAUUUAAGACCACCAAUCGUUUGUUGCUGACUGGAACACCUCUACAAAACAACCUCCAUGAGUUGUGGGCUCUGCUAAACUUCCUGCUGCCUGAUGUCUUCAAUUCUUCAGAGGACUUUGACUCCUGGUUUGACACAAACAACUGCUUGGGCGAUCAGAAGUUGGUUGAACGUCUUCACACUGUGUUGCGUCCCUUUCUGCUUCGUCGUAUAAAAGCUGAUGUAGAGAAAACUCUUCUCCCAAAGAAAGAGAUCAAGAUGUAUGUGGGUCUCAGCAAGAUGCAGAGAGAAUGGUACACAAAGAUUUUGAUGAAGGACAUUGACAUUCUGAACUCAGCGGGUAAAAUGGACAAGAUGCGUCUUCUGAACGUUCUCAUGCAGCUGAGGAAAUGCUGCAACCAUCCGUAUCUGUUCGAUGGAGCCGAGCCAGGUCCUCCUUACACAACUGACCUUCAUCUGGUUGUGAACAGUGGCAAAAUGGCAGUUUUGGACAAGCUGCUCCCAAAGAUGAAGGAGCAGGGUUCCCGUGUGCUGAUUUUUAGUCAGAUGACCAGGAUGCUGGACAUCUUGGAGGACUAUUGCAUGUGGAGAAACUAUGGGUACUGUCGCCUUGAUGGUCAGACGCCACAUGAAGAGAGACAGAUUUCUAUCAACGCAUUUAACGAGCCCAACAGCUCCAAGUUCAUCUUUAUGUUGAGCACCAGGGCUGGUGGUCUAGGUAUCAACCUGGCUACAGCUGAUGUUGUGAUCCUCUACGACUCAGACUGGAACCCCCAGGUUGACCUGCAGGCUAUGGAUCGAGCUCACAGAAUAGGUCAGCAGAAGCAGGUGCGUGUCUUUCGUUUCAUCACUGAAAACACAGUUGAGGAAAGGAUUGUGGAGAGGGCUGAGAUGAAGCUGCGCCUGGACUCCAUUGUCAUCCAGCAAGGAAGACUUGUGGAUCCAAGCGCAAACAAGCUGGGCAAGGAUGAGAUGCUUUCCAUCAUUCGCCACGGUGCCACACACGUGUUUGCUUCCAAAGAGAGUGAGAUCACAGAUGAUGACAUAGAUGCAAUCUUGGAGAAGGGUGAAAGAAAAACUAUGGAGCUCAUUGAGAAGAUGUCGUCCUUGGGUGAGAGCUCUUUGAGAAACUUUACCAUGGAUACAGAGAACACCAGUGUGUACACAUUUGAAGGAGAGGAUUACAGAGAGAAGAAAAAGGUCAUUACCAACUGGAUCGAGCCACCCAAGAGAGAAAGGAAAGCCAACUAUGCUGUGGAUGCCUAUUUCAGAGAAGCCCUGCGAGUCAGCGAGCCCAAAGCACCCAAAGCUCCUCGUCCUCCCAAGCAGCCAAAUGUGCAAGACUUUCAGUUCUUUCCUCCGCGUCUCUUUGAACUUCUAGAAAAAGAGAUUCUAUUCUACAGAAAGACCAUAGGCUACAAGGUCCCCCGUAAUCCAGACAUGCCUAACUCGGCUCAGGUGCAGAAAGAGGAGCAGGCUAAGAUCGAUGAGGCAGAGUCUCUCACAGAGGAGGAGCUGGAGGAAAAGGAGAACCUGCUGCAACAGGGGUUCACUAUCUGGAACAAACGUGAUUUUAACCAGUUCAUCAAAGCCAAUGAAAAGUGGGGACGAGAUGAUAUAGAGAAUAUUGCCAGAGAAGUGGAAGGAAAAACUCCAGAAGAAGUCAUGGAAUAUUCUGCUGUAUUCUGGGAGCGCUGCAAUGAGCUGCAGGAUAUUGAGAAGAUCAUGGCCCAGAUAGAGAGGGGAGAGGCCAGAAUCCAGAGGAGGAUUAGUAUCAAGAAAGCACUGGACUCAAAGAUUGGUCGCUACAAGGCUCCCUUUCAUCAGCUCCGUAUCUCGUAUGGCACUAACAAAGGCAAAAACUACACGGAGGAAGAAGACCGCUUUCUUAUCUGCAUGCUUCAUAAACUUGGCUUCGACAAGGAGAGUGUGUACGAUGAGCUGCGUCAGUGCAUUCGCAACUCGCCUCAGUUCCGCUUCGACUGGUUCCUCAAAUCCAGGACGGCCAUGGAGCUGCAGAGGCGGUGUAACACCCUGAUUACGCUGAUAGAGCGAGAGAACAUGGAACUGGAAGAACGAGAAAAGGCUGAGAAAAAGAAACGGGGCCCAAAGAGCAGCUCAGCCCAGAAACGGAAGUCAGAGGGAACCCCAGAUGGCCGUGGACGCAGGAAAAAGCUCAAGUUGUGAAGUACUUUUUUAGAAUUUGAAUCUGAGCACAGCAGCCAGCUCUGUGAUCCGUAGUCCCUAGUGUCUGUUUUGAAGGCUGAUGUUCUAUGUAACAAUAAAAGGACUGGUCUGGUUGUAUUAGGUUUUAGGAUGUGCUUUUUUACAAGCCCAUCACUGGCCUAAACACUGCAGAUGUGCUGGUUUAGUUUGUUUGCUAGUGCUUUUUGUUUUUUUUCUAGUACCUAAUGGAACUAAGUGUAUUUAUGUGUAUUGGUUGUAUUACAUUCCAUUUCUUGAAACAAUA